AAAAAAACCACCAAGCGAGUUGGACGUGCGACUGUUUAAAACGGAUCUCGGAACGCCGUGGGAGUCGGAAAGUCGGAAAAUCGCUGGACGCGUGUUCGUGCGUUUGCAUGUGUGCGUGCGUUCGUGUGUGUGUGUGUGCUAGUGUGCGAGCGGGUGAGCGAAUUAAAAAUAAAUAUAUUGCCAAGUCAGGCUUAAGAAAUGUGCGCUAAUCAAAGAAAAUGUCCCCAAUUUCGGCCAAUUGAGAAUUGUGGCUAAACAAAAUAUUCGACGGGAGUUCAAUUUCGCUCUUCUGCCUUCAGAAAUUAACAAUCCAGUGAAUAAACACACAAAAUCAACCAAAAAAGAAGGUUUUUCUUUUUUAUUUUCGCUUUUAAUUUGUUAACGAGAAAAUAUUGGAAUAAAAUAAAAAUAAAAGAAAAGUGUACGUGACAAGAGCUCGAAAAGAAGUUGCAACAAAUAGCAAAAAUAAUUCGUGCGUGCGAAAAAGUGCUGCGAAGUUUUAUGGCCCAUGCAAAAAGUGCUAAAUUUGUAAAUGGCAUGGAAAGUGCAAAGCUCUGAUUAAAAACCCGCGAAGAUUGGUGUGCGAGGUGCCCCCCAAUAACGCAACCAACUACUGCCACAAGGAAAUUAUUAAGACCAAUCAACGACCUUCGCGGAAAUAAUAAAAAAAAUUGCAAAAACAUAGCAAACAGAAAUUUGGUGCUAGUUCUGUUUAGUCGACACCCAUCCACGUUGGAUCCCCAUCGCAAAUAAUGUCAUCAAAAUGUGCUUUCAACACUGUAUUCGUAUCGAUCAUUUUCAUCAUCAUCGUAAAUGGUUACGCAAAAGAUAUUUCUGGAGUUAAAAGAGGUCAUGAACGACUUAACGAAUACAUAUCCCACUAUGAAACACUCAACUAUGAUCACGAGCACAUCCGAGCUAGUCACAAUAGAGCGCGACGAUCAGUGACCAAAGAUCAUUAUGUACAUUUAAAGUUUGCAUCACAUGGAAGAGACUUCCAUCUUAGAUUAAAACGUGAUUUAAAUACAUUUAGCAAUAAGUUAGACUUUUAUGAUAGCAAAGGUCCCAUUGAUGUCUCCACGGAUCAUAUCUAUGAGGGCGAAGUGAUAGGGGAUCGUAAUAGUUAUGUAUUUGGUUCCAUACACAAUGGGGUAUUCGAGGGUAAAAUUAUAACGGAACGUGAUGCCUAUUAUGUUGAACAUGCCAAACAUUAUUUUCCCACAAAUCGCACGGCGACAACAACACCACCUUCGACUUCGACGACAUCCACAGCAACAGCAGCCACAAAAAGCACACAACCAACACGGCCUUUGGCCAAAAGCAACACCAGUACUACUGCCGUUAAUAGUAAGACAGAAAACUUUAUAAAGAAAAUUGCUGAAUCCACAACGACGAGCCAGCAGCUUCCAGAGUAUACCGAAUCGUCGUCCUCGUCGUCGACAACAACAUUCCCACCCACAACAGAGUAUUUCGAGGACGAAAAGGAGCGUAAUGCCGAGGACGAACUUGAUUUUCACUCCAUUAUCUACAAGGAGUCACAUGUCGAGGACGCCUACGAAAAUGUGCGCGAAGGUCACGUGGCCGGCUGUGGCAUCACGGAUGAGGUCUCUCAGUGGAUGGAGAACAUACAAAAUUCAGCCGUCGAAGAGUUGCCGGAGCCCAUGUCAAAGGACUACCAAAAGCUCCACCGGAAGCAGCUGCACAAAAAGUCCGCCCCACAGCAACAACAGCAGCCCCAUCCGCCCAAGAAGUACAUCAGCGGGGAUGAGGACUUCAAGUAUCCCCAUCAGAAGUACACGAAGGAGGCUAACUUCGCCGAGGGUGCAUUCUACGAUCCAUCGACCGGACGUCGCCUGGGCUCAUCCGCCAACGUGGCCGACUGGCAUCAGCUCGUCCACGAGCGCGUCCGCCGGGCCACCGACAAUGGUGCUGGGGAUAGGGGCUCAUCCGGCGGAUCUGGACGCGGUCGCGAGGACAACAAGAAUACCUGCUCGCUCUACAUUCAAACGGAUCCAUUGAUAUGGCGCCACAUACGAGAAGGCAUUGCUGAUCACGAUCGUGGACGCAAGUACGAGGUGGAUGAGAAAACGCGCGAGGAAAUCACAUCGUUGAUUGCACAUCACGUGACGGCCGUUAAUUACAUUUACCGCAACACAAAGUUCGACGGACGCACCGAGCAUCGCAACAUACGCUUUGAGGUGCAACGCAUUAAGAUCGAUGACGAUUCGGCCUGUCGCAAUUCCUACAAUGGUCCACACAAUGCCUUUUGCAAUGAACACAUGGAUGUCUCGAACUUUUUGAAUCUCCAUUCCCUGGAAGAUCACUCGGACUUUUGUCUGGCUUACGUGUUCACCUACAGAGAUUUCACUGGCGGCACUUUGGGUCUGGCCUGGGUGGCCAGUGCGUCGGGAGCCUCUGGUGGGAUCUGCGAGAAGUACAAGACAUACACGGAAACGGUUGGUGGACAGUACCAGAGCACCAAGCGAUCACUCAACACGGGCAUCAUCACCUUUGUCAACUACAACAGUCGGGUGCCACCGAAAGUGUCGCAGCUUACGUUGGCACACGAGAUUGGCCACAACUUUGGGUCACCUCACGAUUACCCGCAGGAAUGUCGUCCUGGUGGCCUAAAUGGCAAUUACAUUAUGUUCGCCAGUGCCACCUCCGGUGAUAGGCCAAAUAACUCAAAGUUCUCGCCCUGCUCCAUUCGGAACAUCUCCAAUGUCCUUGACGUGCUGGUGGGCAACACGAAGCGGGACUGCUUCAAGGCCUCGGAAGGUGCCUUCUGCGGCAACAAGAUCGUGGAGUCUGGCGAGGAAUGCGACUGUGGCUUCAACGAGGAGGAGUGCAAGGACAAGUGCUGCUACCCGCGUCUGAUCAGCGAGUACGACCAGUCACUGAACUCCAGUGCCAAGGGAUGCACGCGCCGCGCCAAGACCCAGUGCUCACCAUCGCAGGGUCCGUGCUGUCUGUCCAACUCCUGCACCUUUGUGCCGACGAGCUACCAUCAGAAGUGCAAGGAGGAGACGGAGUGCAGCUGGUCGAGCACAUGCAACGGAACCACGGCCGAGUGUCCGGAGCCACGUCAUCGCGAUGACAAGACCAUGUGCAACAAUGGAACAGCGCUAUGCAUCCGCGGUGAAUGUAGUGGAUCGCCAUGUUUGCUCUGGAAUAUGACGAAGUGCUUCCUUACCUCGACCACGCUGCCGCACGUGAGCAAGCGCAAGUUGUGCGACUUGGCCUGCCAGGAUGGCAAUGACACCUCCACCUGCCGCAGCACCAGCGAGUUUGCUGAUAAAUAUAAUAUUCAAAAGGGUGGUAUUAGUCUGCAGCCCGGUUCGCCAUGCGAUAACUUCCAGGGCUACUGCGAUGUGUUCCUUAAGUGUCGAGCCGUGGAUGCCGAUGGUCCGCUUGUUCGGUUGAAGAAUUUGUUGCUCAACCGGCAGACACUGCAAACGGUGGCCGAGUGGAUCGUCGACAAUUGGUAUCUAGUGGUUCUAAUGGGAGUGGCCUUUAUUGUGGUCAUGGGUUCGUUCAUCAAGUGUUGUGCCGUGCACACGCCCAGUUCCAAUCCGAAGAAGCGACGAGCUCGUCGAAUCAGCGAAACUCUGAGAGCUCCCAUGAACACUUUGCGUAGAAUGCAACGUCAUCCCAAUCAGCGAGGAGCAGGGCCUCGAAGCAUCCCACCGCCGGCGCACGAGGCGCAGCAUUAUCCCCGCGGCGGAGAAGGUCGCGGCGGCGGCGGUGGAGGCGGCGGUCGCCACGGUGGCUCUAGGUCACACCAUCAGCAGCAUCCGCACGAUUGGGAUCGCCAUCAGGGCGGUCACUCAAUCGUCCCAUUGCCCACCGGCGGCAGCCAUUCAAGUCGCAACGCGGCGGCGAAUCAAGCGAGAAGAAGCGAUGGACGAGGUCCACGAUCCACCAGCAGUGGGCGGCCGCAGGCUACAACCAGCGGUGCCGCGAGAGAAGCAGCGCGAUCUCAUGGCGGGUACGGAGCCGAACAGGCGAUACCGGGUUCCAUUGGUGGUGGUGUCCAGGCGGCCAUUAGCAGCGGCGGUGUGGUGGCUCGGGCCCAGCUGCCGCUGCCAUUGCCGCCGCCAAAUGGACAGCAGCAAAUGCAACAGCAGCAACAACAACUGCAACUACAGCAACCGGCAAUUUCGCCGCAGCAGCAGCCCCAGCAAGCGUUCUACACGCCGAAAGAACUACCACCACGCAAUAAGUCCCGAUCAUCACGUACCAACACCUCCAACAACACAACCACCACCAACUCAUCCACAGCGGCAGCCGGAAGUGGUUCGGUCUCGGGAUCGGGGGCGGGCAGUAGUAGUAAGAGCAAGAGCGGGAAAAGUGCCAAAGCCAAAGACUCAAAGUCGCAAAAAUCGCAGCAGGCCAGCAACAGUCGCAGCAGCAGCAAGGAGAAGGCCGUCAAGCCAGUGCGCCGAAAUAUCGUUUAUUAGGAGCGGAACCAUCACAUUGCCAUACACAACACUGAACGAAAUAUAGCCCCGAACCCAAAAUAUCAAUGCAACCAUAUAUAGAAUCGCCCGCUGCUAGUCAUCGAACUACAUGUAUGAGUUGUUGCUUCCCAUCCACCGACAAACACAAACAGAAAAGAAAUUAUAAUG